AUGUCUAAGGGAUGUAGAGCGUUUGGGAUUCUGAAGCAGCUGGUGCUAGAGCGAGGAGUGGUGAAGGCGCAGGAUGGGCUCGUGGAGAUUCCUGUCUCCAAGGCCGUGCUCAGAAAGGCUCGCAAGGCCAGCACCCACACGCAGCUAGUGGAGGCAGUCGGCCAACCCUCCUUCUACACGCCACUGCUCAUCCCCAGCUCCGCACAGCCCGGGUGCGCACUGACCUCCGUGCUUGCACCGCGUCCCAUCCAUCCCAUCCCACACCAGGCGCGCAAGGCCAGCACCCACACGCAGCUAGUCGCAGCAGUCGGCCAACCCUCCUUCUACACGCCACUGCUCAUCCCCAGCUCCGCACAGCCCGGGUAUGCACUGACCUUCACCUCACCGCGUCCCAUCCAUCCCAUCCCACACCAGGCGCGCAAGGCCAGCACCCACACGCAGCUAGUCGCAGCAGUCGGCCAACCCUCCUUCUACACGCCACUGCUCAUCCCCAGCUCCGCACAGCCCGGGUAUGCACUGACCUUCACCUCACCGCGUCCCAUCCAUCCCAUCCCACACCAGGCGCGCAAGGCCAGCACCCACACGCAGCUAGUCGCAGCAGUCGGCCAACCCUCCUUCUACACGCCACUGCUCAUCCCCAGCUCCGCACAGCCCGGGUAUGCACUGACCUUCACCUCACCGCGUCCCAUCCAUCCCAUCCCACACCAGGCGCGCAAGGCCAGCACCCACACGCAGCUAGCCACGGCAGUCGGCCAACCCUCCUUCUACACGCCACUGCUCAUCCCCAGCUCCGCACAGCCCGGUUGGUUAACGUUCACUCAUGCAUACCUCCUCCCUCCUUCCAUCCCCACAUCUCACUCCACCUCUUGCCUCUUCACACCUUCCCCAUCCGCCCCAACCUCAUCCCUUUCCGCUUCCCCCACCCCCACCUCGCGCCCAAGCUCAUGCUCAUUCUCCUUCACCAUCUCUCCCCUCCUCCUACCCCUCCCCCUUCUUCCUUUCCUUUCCCUGUCCAUGCCUCCUUCCUUCCUCCUUACCAGCUCCCCCGAGCUAGCAAUCGAGCUCAUGCUCAAGCCCCUUCCUCCAACCUCGUCUCCCCCACUCCCCUCCCACUCCCUCCAACCUCCUUCCUCCUCGCCUGUCCCCUGCAGCUCGCCCGAGCCCGAGCUAGCGAUCGAGCUCAUGCUCAAGCCGGAGCGGUGGAGGGAGUAUGAGAGUGAGAUGGACGCCGCAUGGCAGGUGAGUGAGGGCAAAUGCUCACGCAUACUCACCACCGCAUGCGCGCUCCCUUCGUGCUUGUAUGAAUCUCCUUAUUCUCCCCGAUCCCAUCUCCUUCUCCCACCUCACCUCACUUCUCUUGCAUCCUUCACGCUGCGCUCCCCUCCCUCUCUACUGCUCUGCUUCGCUUACGCCCCCUCUGACACUCUGCUCCCCCCACGCCCCUUGUCCAACCAACCCGCCCUCGCCCAUCAGGCCAUCCGCCUGGCAGUGGCAAACACGUCUCUCCGUGACUCUGACCUCCCGGCCUACCGCAAGGCAGUUCAGGACAGCAUUCUCAGAAUGGCUUACUACUGGUACAACUUCCAGCCCUUGUCACGGGGCACGUCAGGCACGGGUUACGUGGUAAUGCUCGCUCUGCUGCUGUCCAUGGACCUGCAAGUCACCACCGCCAUCCCUCCGGGCGUGCAGGUUGACUGGGAGGCACUCCUCUCACCAACUCCUGCAGACUUCACAGCUGCCAUCUCAGAGUGGCUGUACCCGUCGCUCGCGUAUACUCCAGAGUUGGGCCGGAUCCCACAGAUCAGUGACAUUGGCUUGAGGCGCCUCGCCGUUAACGGCGGCAGCGGGUGCAGCCCUAACGGGUUGCAAAGAGCCGUUGAGCGAAGGGCCGUCGAGGCGUCGGUGUCAGCGCGUGAAACAACGGAUGCGAGUGCGUCGACGGCCGAUGCGACGGGGCUAGGGAAGGCGAUUCGCGAAGACUUCCCGAUUUUGCAUCAGGAGGUGCCAGGCGGCCAGCCAUUGGUGUAUCUAGACAGCGCAGCAACAUCGCAGAAGCCACUGCAAGUGAUCAACGCCAUGGAUGACUACUACCGGCGCUACAAUGCCAAUGUGCACCGCGGUGUGCACUAUCUCAGCAUGCUGGCCACAGAGGAGUACGAGAAGGCACGCGAGAAAGUAGCGCGGUUCAUCAACACAGCCCAGGGCCCCUCCGAGAUCGUGUUCACGCGCAACGCCAGCGAGGCAAUCAACCUCGUGGCGUACUCGUGGGGCCUCUCGAACCUCGCCCUGGGUGACGAGGUGCUCCUCACAGUCGCGGAGCACCACAGCAACAUCGUCCCCUGGCAGAUUGUAGCCCAGAAAACCGGGGCGGUUUUGAAGUUUGCGCCCCUGAAAGUGCCGGAGGAGGCGGAGAGGGAGGGGCAUGCGGCGGGCGCGGAGGUGGACUAUGAGCGGCUGCUGGAGAUGAUUGGGGGGCGCACCAAGCUGGUGGCCGUGCACCAUGUGUCCAACGUGCUCGGCUCCGAGUCCCCAGUGGAGCAGAUCAGAGAAAAGGCACACGCAGUGGGCGCCAGGGUGCUUCUAGACGCAUGCCAGUCCGUGCCACACAUGCCGGUGGACGUGCAGCAGCUGGGGGUGGACUUCGCAGCCGCCUCUUCCCACAAGAUGGCUGGGCCCACGGGCAUUGGCUUUCUCUACGGCCGCGCCGACGUGCUCGCCUCCAUGCCUCCCUUCAUGGGCGGAGGCGAGAUGAUUCAGGACGUGUUCCUGGACCAUUCCACCUACUCUGAUCCUCCCGCACGGUUCGAAGCUGGCACUCCAGCCAUUGCGGAGGCUAUAGGGUUGGGAGCAGCAGUGGACUAUCUGACAGCGAAGGGCAUGGAUAACGUGCAUGCGUAUGAGAUGCAUCUAUCAGAGUACCUCUACAAGCAGCUCUCAGCCGUUGAUCGAGUACGCAUCUACGGCCCUCCUCCGCCGUCUCUGCUCCCAGGAGGCCCGACCGCGCUUCAAAGGGGGCGGGUGGCGGCGCUGUGCACGUUCAGUGUGGAUGGCAUGCAUGCCACCGACGUCUCCACCUUCCUGGACCAACAGCACGGUGUGGCCAUCCGCAGCGGGCACCACUGUGCGCAGCCCAUUCACCAGCAGCUGGGCAUCAAUGCGAGUGCGAGGGCAAGUGCGUAUGUGUACAACACAAAGGAGGAGAUAGACGCGUUCAUUAUGGGACUCAAGGACACCAUCGACUUCUUUGUUAACUUCUCCUGA